AUGGUACUGAUGUACCAGGUGUACCAGGAACAUGCAGCUGAUGGUACUGAUGUACCAGGUGUUCAGGAACAUGAGCUGAUGGUACUGAUGUACCAGGUGUUCAGGAACAUGCAGCUGAUGGUACUGAUGUACCAGGUGUUCAGGAACAUGCAGCUGAUGGAACAUGAGCUGAUGGUACUGAUGUACCAGGUGUUCAGGAACAUGCAGCUGAUGGUACUGAUGUACCAGGUGUACCAGGAACAUGCAGCUGAUGGUACUGAUGUACCAGGUGUUCAGGAAUAUGACCUGAUGGUACUGAUGUACCAGGUGUUCAGGAACAUGAGCUGA